CCUCAUUUGUUAUGUAUUUUAUAUUUUGAUAAAUCUGUUUUUUUAAUUGUUCAUUACACUGUUGUUUUUUAUGUUGUCAAAUAAUUGAAAAUUUUAGAAAUCAUAAAUGACAGCUUGGAGACAAACAAAAUGUCACGUGGACCAUUAUUAGAAUUAUUAGAUUAGAAAAAAGAGACAGAAUAUAUGUUUGCUUCUUUUUCUAGUUGGCUAUACAAUUUGCAUGAAGCUACAAUAAUUAUUAAGCUUGUUUUUCACUGUUUUUCACUAAUAUAAAAAACAAUAAAAAAAUAAAACAUAUUACACAAAAAAAGAGACUCUUUUCUUUUGCUUGCUUUUGCUCAUAUAAUUUCGCGGUUUCGCGGAAUUUAAUAAUAAAAAAAGCUCUGAUUUUUCUUGUCUUAUAUUUUAUUAUUAUUAUUCAUUAUUAUCAUUAUUUUUUGUUGUUAUUAUUGUUAGUAUAGCCUCUUUUCAUGGCGCUUUUUUACGGUAUUCUCUGAACAUAGCAACAAUGUUGUAAUAGAAAAAGACAAAAUUAAAAAUACUUUAUAGUUUGUAUACCUAUAUAUAAUAUUAUUGACUAUCGAUAUUACAUUUUGUGUACAACAAUAUUAUUACUCCAAAAUUUUCAUAUGUUUAUGCCAAUGUUUGUUAAAAUAAUUGGUGUAUAGAUUAAAAAUAAAUAAUACUUUAGUGAUAUAUUAAAAACAAAAAUGGUGAAUAUGUGUUUAUUAAAUUAAAUAAAUAAUAAUAAUUUAAUGUGAAUUGUGUGUAUUAUUGUUUGUCAAUUUGAUGUUAAAAAUAAAAUUAAGUUAAAUAUAUAUAAUUGACUGAUAAUAAAAUAUAAAUAUAUUUGAAAAAAAAUAAAAUAAAAAUAUAAACAAUGCAGUUGAUACAACGAGGUGUUGUUUAUAAUGAAAAAAUUUUGUUUUUAACAAGAUUAAUAUCAUUAAAAGAUAAAAAAAAUAAAGCUUGAGGCUUGAGAAUAUUUUUUUUUUGACGGAUAAGAAAUUUGAGAGAGUAUAUCAUUAUUGUUAUUUGAAUCCGUAUAUUUUUCUUUGCUUGGUUGACGUAUUGAGGCGUAUUUAAACAAGCAACAAACAAACUCAUAUUAUUUUAAGUGGAUAACUCUUGAUAAGUUAUUUAUUUGAUGAAAAAAUAGAUUUUUUAUUAUUGUAACACAGGAUGGUGAUUUGCUCUGAUGGAGAUGGUACAGAAGGUUCAUUAGUUGUUGAACAAACUACUGAUACAGUUGAUCCACCUCAUAGUCCAACAAGUAAACAUAAUAACAGUCGUCCUUAUGUUAAUCCUCAUGGAAGUAACAGUCAUCAUAACAAUGACAAAACAAAAACUUUGACGAAAUAUGGAGAACUCGUUAUUUUAGGUUACAAUGGAUUUCUUCCACCUGGCGAUCGUGGUCGUCGUCGAAGUAAAUUUAUACUUUACAAAAGAUCAGUAGCAAAUGGAGUGAAACGAAGUAAACAUUAUGUUGUUAAAACACCUCACAAUUCACAGGCUGUUUUAAAUGUUAAACAACAUUCUAUAUCUUAUACACUUUCACGAACUCAAGCAGUCAUAGUUGAAUACACAGAAGACGAUAAUACUGAUAUGUUUCAGAUUGGUCGUUCAUCAGAGCCACCAAUUGAUUUUGUUGUUAUGGAUACAUAUCCAGCAAAUGAUAAUGGACCAAGUAAUGAAAGUAGAAUGGCACAAAGUACAAUUAGUAGAUUUGCUUGUCGUAUAUUAACUGAUCGUCAUAAUCCAACAAUAACAAGAAUUUAUGCUGCUGGUUUUGAUAGUUCAAGAAAUAUUUUUUUAGGAGAGAAAGCAACAAAAUGGCAAGAGAAUCGUGAAAUUGAUGGUUUAACAACAAAUGGUAUAUUAAUAAUGCAUCCACAAGGACAAUUUUGUGGUGGUGAAGCUAAAUGUGGUGCAUGGAGAGAAAUAAGUGUUGGUGGUGGUGUAUUUUCAUUACGUGAAAGUCGUAGUGCACAACAAAAAGGUAAUGUUGUUGAUGAUGAAGAUAAUAUAUUAAAAGAUGGUACACUUAUUGAUUUAUGUGGUGCAACAUUACUUUGGAGAUCAGCUGAAGGUUUAUCAAAAUCACCAACAAAACAUGAUUUAGAAGAAUUGGUAGAUGCUAUUAAUGCUGGUAGACCACAAUGUCCAGUUGGUUUAAAUACACUUGUUAUACCAAGAAAAACAGUUAGUGAUUCAGCUCAACAACAGCCUUAUGUUUAUUUAAAAUGUGGCCAUGUACAGGGUUAUCAUGAUUGGGGCCAAGAAAAAGAUAAAGUUACAAGACGUUGUCCAAUGUGUUUAGAAGCUGGACCAACUGUUAAAUUAUGCAUGGGUAUUGAGCCAGCAUUUUAUGUUGACAGAGGACCACCAACUUAUGCAUUUAAUCCAUGUGGUCAUAUGGCUACUGAAAAGACUGUCAAAUACUGGGAAAAAAUAGCAAUUCCACAUGGUACCAAUGGUUACAUUGCAAUAUGUCCAUUUUGUGCCGUUCCACUAGAAGGUAGCCCUGGUUAUGUAAAAUUAAUAUUUCAAGAUAAUGUUGAUUAAACAUUAAUUAAAUAGACAAAUAUC